CAUCCAUCUGACGUUCGCCCGGCCAGUCACCCGCCAGCAGUCCACUCCACUCUAUUCCUUGCUCUCCACGAGCGUCCAUAACCACCAUCCUUCGCUCCAUUUCUCCAAUGGCCUCAUAUUCAGGUAACAGCAGAGAUUUCCUGAAUCGUACAUAUCCGAUUUAAGCGCGAUGCCCUAUGUCUAUAAAAACCAUGUGAACCAGCGCCAAACCCGGGAGGUCGUUCGGAGGGCGGACGGAGAUGUCCAGAAGUCCGCUGGUACACUACUCCCUCGCCCGGUUGCCUCACUGGUAACCCUCUUUGCCCACUCUACGUCUCUCUCGCUCCGUGUCGGAACUUUCCUCGGGGGAUUCGCUAUCGACAGCUUUAGAGCGACGACGCUCACCGGCCUGGAGCUGAGUAGAGCUGUGGUGGAGAGCAUCUUGAUCCGGGCCGGUCGGGAUGUUUUGUCCAGAAGCAGUGACGAUUAUGGGAGAGCGGAAGCUGAAUCCUUGUUGGAGCGGAGCUUGGCAACGUUGCAUUCAACGAUAACCUCCGCUUCCUUCUUCGCGUCCGCGAGUUUCCACCUCUCUGCUACCACACUGUCUUCGGUCUCCCAUUUUUCCCAAUCUCUCCUGUCCACACUCGAUGCGAUCCUUGGGUCCUCAGAGUCCUCUCGUGCUAUUGCCGCGAUCAUCACGUUGAUUCGACGAGAGUUUCGUAACCCAGAAACAGGUGUCCAUGCAGGCAAAGUCGGCGUAGGUGAUUUGCUCGUGGGUUGCAUUGGCUUUGCUAUGCUGCAGCGUUGGGGAAGGCGGAACACCGAGAGAGAGUUCAGGGAGAAUGGAAACGAAGAGAUAAUCUGGGACGUCGUUAUCCUCGACAAUGGCCUCAGAGCAGAUGUUGUGGGAACUCAGCGGACGGAGUAUCCGCCCAACGUCGAAUCGCUGGAUACCCCGCCAACGAGGCCGGCUUCGUUCCUGGCACCUGAAGAAACAGAUGCGGACAUGACAUUUCAAGCGAUGGAACGGGAGUCGACUCCGUUAAACCCCCUCGGUCGACUUGUCCCACAUGUGUCACUCCCCGCGGACCGCCAACAUGCUCUAUCCGAUGAAGAGAUUCGACAUUACAUCGUAAAUCAGCUCCCACGCGGGUCGCAUGCUACAAUAAAGACCGAUAGCGUAAUCGCAAGGACCAUUACUGUUGAUGUAUAUGAUAGUCAGCACAAAUAUAUAGAGAUCUCCCCACCUCCGGGAACAGCUCUUGUGAAAGAAAGUUUUCACGAAGAUCACGACGCUGAGGGCGUCUCGGCGUAUUCGGAAACGCAGCUACCCAAACAUACUGUGGUGUUCCAGACGGUAUCCAACCAAUCUCAGACUGCCGAAUUGAGGCCGGAGACUCAGCACCCAGUGGAGGAGGAGAUUGCUGGUGGGCAUUCCCCACGGCUAUCAUCCCACAGGAGAUCGCCGAAGCGGCCAAAGGUUAGCAGUUGGGUGAGCGACCCAGUGCCUACGGUCGAAUUCACGCCCGUUAAUGCAAAAAUUCGGCAAGCUAGGUCUCGGCGACCUUCAUUCAAAAGGACUAUUUCAGAAUCUUCGUUCAGUGGCUCGGAAACGCCUCGAGCUUCAUCACAAAAGAGGUCUGUGGCGAGGACAACCCACAAGCUUAUCUCCAAUGCGGAAGCAAAGCUUGGAAGUAUGAGAAGUACGAAGAAGCGGCCGGCUUUUUCUUCUCCGAGCAGCCGUCAGCCGUCGGACUUUAACAAGGAAAAUGCUGCUGCUGGUCCUAAAGGUCUACUUCGCAGCGGAAGAUCUAAGCAACCCGCACAACCCGCGGCACAAAGGCCCAAGUUACUGCCUGCCUUGCCUCUUACGUCAGGAAAACACGAUGCACUGAAAUCAAGACGGUCGGACGAGCACGCUGUCGACUCCCUACCCGAUACCGUUCCCACACGAGACUACUUUCCAUCACACGAGAAGUGCGUCGAAUCAUACCUGGCCCGUACUGACGCGUAUUCUCUACAUGCAUAUCCGGGAUCACCAUCAUUGCCUGCGGUUGCCAGAAAUCAUAUCUCAAGCACCAGCAGUUUAUCGAGAGUAAAAUCUGACAGUGAUAUGCAGAAGUCGUCAAACGAAAACCUUCAUUCUUACAGUCCCAUAGCCUCCCGGAGAAAUUCAAGCAAAUCUCUUGCACCAACUAUAUAUUCCUUGGCAGAAGCGGAUUCAAAAGCGUCACUCGUCCUUGCCCCGCGAUUUGUCAAGAGUGUAUAUGAAGACCAGGACACGCUCUCUGCCCUCUCUAGGGAUGGGAAAUUCUUCGGCCUUUUUCCGUACAAUCACCUGGUGCGAAAUAUACAACGCUUUUCCAGGUUUUCGUCGGCGUCGUAUGGAUCGCAUUUCCUCAGAGUUAUGGGCAUCUCCACUGGGCCACAGGAUUGGCAAAAUGGUGAGGUGGAUCAUCAUGAGCAUAGCUCGUUCUCCAACCAUACAGGAAUGCCUCCUUCAACGAUCCUUCUCUCGUCCUUUGUGGAUCCAGCUGGUGGCUCAAAUGCUUCUGGGCAAACACAAGAAGGGUUCCCCUUGGUACAUUAUCUCACACUAGACCACGACUCAAAAGCCGUUGUCUUGACACUGAGAGGUACCUGGGGAUUUGAAGAUAUUCUCACCGACAUGACAUGCGACUACGACGACCUACACUGGAUGGGUAAAACCUGGCAGGUUCACAAGGGAAUGCUUGCGUCCGCAAAGCGUCUCCUUGAGGGCGGUGGCGCCCGUGUGAUGGCUACCAUAAAAGCAGCUUUGGAGGAGUUUACUGAUUAUGGUGUUGUAUUCUGUGGCCAUUCGUUGGGUGGUGGUGUUGCCGCACUUCUCGCGAUAUUAAUCUCGAGGCCGAAUGACACGGAUAUGUGUGGUCCAUCGUUCGUGACCGCCUCUACGCACUCUAGCGGCACAGAGGGUAACAUCCAACGUCAACCAGGACAAUUCAGAUUGCCGGCAGGGCGACCAAUCCACGUAUAUGCCUAUGGUCCACCCGCGGUGAUGAGUUCGUCUCUGCGACUCGCCACAAGACGCUUGAUUACCACAACCGUCAAUGGGCAAGACGUUGUCCCAUCAUUAUCCCUGGGUGUUCUCCACGACUUCCACGCUGUCUCGCUAUCAUUCAAAAGCGACGUCGCGGACGCCAAGUCAUACGUGAAAUCCCGCGUCUGGGACAGCAUCAGCCGCAGCAUCGCCAACAAGUUCUACAUCCACCAACCACCCCUCCUUAUUCACGCUGGUAACGGUGUCGGCGAGGACUCUUGGGCUUGGAACACACUCAAGUCACUCCGCAGCCAGCUGACGGCUGCGAAGCUGAUGCCUCCAGGCGAGGUCUUUGUGGUAGAUACCAUGCGCGUUCUGCAGCGCGACGCUUUUACAUUGGAUACGUCCAGCGGCGAUGGAUAUCCGCGGCUGGGCAGGCCAGCUACCAGGGUGCAAUUGAGAUUUAUUCGAGACGUGGAAGCACGGUUUGGGGAGAUCAGGUUUGGAUCAGGGAUGCUGGGCGAUCAUAGUCCUGGACGGUAUGAGGCGAGCUUGGCGGCUCUGGCGAGGGGAGUUUUAGAUAAUUGAAUUUUCUGUUUUUCUCUUCCGGGAAUGGAUACCCUCCGGAGUUGGUUGAUUUCCCAUUUUGUUUUAGACUUUACUGACGAGUUUAUGAGGGGACUUAUAUACACCAUUCCUUUGAUACAAUUGCACUUAUAGAGCUGUCAUGACGCGGUGGACAACUGAACUAUAUAUGUGUUAAAAUUCUCAUCAGAGACCUCCAACAGCAUUAUCAAUUGGCGUGAAACUCUAGGG